GUUUGUUGCUGGGUAGGUAGGUAAGCCCUGACAUUGGACUACUGCAAAUUGAGGAUUUUAUUCAAUUAAUUACCAGCUAGCUAACUUCUAAAAGGGCCGAUGGAGCUGGCUGUACUGUGUGUUUCCCUUGACCCCCAGAGAGAGCCUGCAGACUGGGAGAGUGGCCGGCACUGACUCCUCUCUCCCACACAGCGCAAGGGGAGCCGAGUAUGUUCAAGUACACCCCUCCCUGGCAGGUACUGUGCAAGAGCAUGGAGCACGAACUCAAGAAACAGCCAACAGAUCCAACAUACAGGCCACAGGAUGGUCCACAGUUGACCCAAGAGGAAAACGAAGCAGUGGACAUCGCUAGACAUCUGUCGGCUAUAGACAACUCGUCAAUCUCACAGGGCCUUGUAGAACCAAAGCCGCCAAUGGAGAACUCGCCCAAAAAAUGGGUAAUAAAACCCUUGUCUCCCAAACUGGGGACGACAAACUAUCCAUGGAAAAUCAAUGACAGCAAGACAGUGACAGAAAGACAGUAUGCUGGGAACUACACAAAUGGCUACAGCUAUGAAGACAUUACAGUGUUGCGGACCCAGUCUUGUGCCACAGUCACGCUGGACCAAGGGGAGGGGCUGGGGGGGGAUGUGGUAGUUCAGGGCAAACAUAUGGCAGUGGUUGAGGAUGAAGGAGGCCUGGUUCGCCCAAUAAGGCCAGAGAGCCCAGGAUCCAGAAGGGGGUUUUAUUCCUUUGUAGAGCAGGGCCUUGAAGCAGGCAAGACAGAAGCCUGGAGGACCUCUCCCGAGAGGGAAGCCAAGCUAGCCACCCUGAGGAGAGAAAACGGCUUUGAGGUGCGGGCCUACCAAGAGGAGAAGAGACCGGAGAAGCUUUUCCCCGGAGAAGACAAUGAAGAGUCCCGCUACAAGGUUCCGGUUCACUCUCUGGAGAAAGAGAUUGAUUGUGACAGGCGGGAUAUCAUCCGCACCCAAGCGCCCAAGAAGAAUCCCAUCUUUGCAGAGCAGUGGAGCUCCCUGGAAGGGCUCGAUCUAGCCGGGACACUCAACAACAGCAGGCCUCCAGAAGAGAUGUCCCUUUACUACAGUCCCCUGCCUCCCAGGCAGGGCUCUUCCAUUGACGUAGAGCCUGGGAGUGUGGACACCGAGCAGAUCAACUUUAGCGCCGCACGGCAGCAGUUCCUCUUGAUGGAAAAGUCAAACCAAAGCCCUUUUCUUCAAAGUCCCAGGCAACCACUACAGAUGACGCCCAAAAAUGUUCAGGAGAGCCCACUGUUGGAAGGGAGCACCAUCAAAGCAAUCAAGGUGCAUUACGACAGCCCUGGAGAAAGUAGCCCCAUCCACGACCAACAUCAAGGCCCGGUCAAGAAUGUGGCUUUCACCAUGAAAAGAGUGGGUGCAGAAGAUCAGAUAAAUAAGAACAAGUGGCAGCACUACGUGACCUUCUCUUUUGAUGACCUUGAUUCUGGCUUGGGGGACUUCUCGGGUGACUAUGGAGCCGGCUACACCAGUGAUGGAAGCCUCUCUAAUGAACUCUCCAGCACCCCAGAUACAGGGCGGAUUUCGAAGCCAAAGUCAGAAACGCCCAUCGAACGGGAGAUCCGCAUCAACCAGGAAAGGGAAGAGAGACUCCGGCAGGAGCGAGGGAUCUCCCGGACGAAUCUGGUGGAGAUGGUAGAUAUCAAGACCAAGCCUGUCCUCUCCCAGGCUAGCUCGGCCAAUUCCCCGGUGGUCAGCAGGAGCAAGGAGAAAGGGCGGGUGAGCUUCUUUGUGCAGCGGGAGAUUGAGCGUGAGACCCGCAGGGAAGAAGAUCUCCACCAUGAGGGGAAGGCCCCAGGGCUCUACGACCACGGGACACCCCAGGAACUAGAUGAACGCAAGAAAAUCUUCGAGCUGCAAGCCGAUGAGGUCCCGGUUACUCCCAACAGGAUGAACAUUUCCGGUAAACUGAUAGAAGCCAGGAAAUCUGAAGAACCGAAGAAAGCAGUUCCGGAAGCAGUCUUGCCAGCUGAGGGCAAAACGACUGCCAGCACUGAGAACUUCUCUGCUGGGCCUUGCUGCCCUCAUCGGCACCCAGAUGAGCCUGUGAGAGAAUCAACAAGCCAGACUCCUGUUCAUGUGGUUAAAAAGGGCUUCAUCACACAGGUUCAAGAUGAAGCAAAGGUGGCGGAGCCAAAUGCCAAAUGGGAGACGUUUCAGCCCCAUCAGGAGACUUUUGAGCCCCAGCCCUCAUCAACGGAGCCCCAGCUGUACCCAGGGAGUCGAUGGGGUGUCAAAGAUUCCCCUGGACUCAGUGAUGGUAGAAACUCCUCAGAGCUCAGUGGUCUUCGAAACGCCUCAGGUCUCUGUGUCAGCGACGAUCUGAAACCACAUCAGAGGGCCCUACCCGGGCUGUUCAACCUGAGAUCCCGCAAGCUGAGUACCCCUGAUGUGAUCCGCCAGGAGAUCGAGGAGGACCUGAAGAGAGAGAAGGAUCUGCGCAGGUUGAGGUGGAGCACCAGCCUGGCUCCCUCUGUAGACCUGGGCCAGGACACCGUGGACAACCCAGCUCCAGCUACCACAACCAGAAACCUGAGCGCAGGUAAAUUGGAGGCCCUGGUAACUCCUAUAACUGUCCCUUCAUCCCAGAGUCUGACCUGGCGCACUCCGGGUGUUUCUAUGGUUACAGCUCAGCCGUGGGUAGCCCCCACGUGGCCGGAGUCUCCGCGCACUCCCGGUGUUUCUAUGGUUACAGCUCAGCCGUGGGUAGCCCCCACGUGGCCGGAGUCUCCGCGCACUCCCGGUGUUUCCAUGGUGACAGCUCAGCCGUGGGUAGCUCCCACGUGGCCGGAGUCUCCGCGCACUCCGGGUGUUUCCAUGGUGACAGCUCAGCCGUGGGUAGCCCCCCCGUGGCCGGAGUGUCCGUCCACCCCGAGAAGCUCCGGUCAGCCAGGCCAGGGCACGAGCUUCAAAGGUCUGACCGAGACGCUGCUGGGGGACUUUGAGGAGCGAAGGAUCAAAAUGAAACAUGAGGAGGGAAAGUAUGCUGGUAUUGAACCAAGUGAUGAUGUGAACAACGAGGUGCUGGAAGCCACGCGUGUGACACGACACAAGAACAGCCGUGCCCUGCUCUGGGAGGCAGGCAUGUACUCCAACGAAGCUGAGAAGUGAAGCACCCAGCGCUCUGUAUUGAAACUUGUACGUUUCACUCUCCCUGCCUGCAAAUGAUGAUGAUCUCCACAAUGCUGCUGGGGGAAACCGCUAUCACACUGCCCCCUGCUGGAGAUCAUGGCUCAAUGUCAUCUCUGGGGUCCUCCAUUACUUAAAUAGGUUACUUAGUUUCUACCAUGUACCUGCCAUUUAUUACUUGGUCUUUAUUUGAUUCGGAACAAUUGUUCAUAUUUCAGACUUUAGCGCUGCCAGCUACUGGAUUCCAGCAUGCAAUGAGAAAUGCACAAGAUUGAAUAAACAGACACAGAUGGUAUUCUCUUCUGAUUUAGGGUGGCAAAAAGGAGUUGAAAGCCUACAGCCUGUUUAAUGUAAUGUGGAAAUUACAGGUGCCAGAUGUGCAAAAUGUCUGAAAACAUGUGUUAAUAUAUUUUGAUGCUGUUGUUGUUAAAGUAAUGUUAACCAAGGUUUUGAAGUCCAUUUGCUUACCUCUUAUUACUGUCACUGGUCCCCCUUUUCUUCCGCUGCUUCCUUGCUUGUAUUUUAUGCUUCAUCUUGCAAUAUUUCAAAGACAGCGGUAUAGCUAAAGAGUUGCUGCUGCUGCUUCCUGGUACCUAAUCACCUCCUGUGCUGGAGUUCAUACUGCGGACGGUGUGACCUACAGCAAAGGGUACCAGGAUGCAGCAGUUCAUCUAUGCCGUUGAACAUGAAUAAUAAAGUGAAGACGCACAAGAUUCUUAGCAGAAUAAAAAGGAGACUAGCAAUAAGAGGAAGGGUUUAACUCGUGGGUUAGCACUCUUUUAUAAUCACAAAAUAACAGUGCAGGUCCUCAUAAUCAUGUACAAAUCACAAGGUUAAAAACGUUGGAAUAAAAUCAAGAGUUUAUCAGAUUAUAGCCAACAUCCAAUAGAAAAACAAAAUCAUCACAGUGGGAAACUGAGAUUUGAGUAACCUAGGGAACUGACAUCACACAGCAGCUCCAGGGCGCUUGUGACAGUGAUGCUGUUAUUAGGACGUGAACCUCUUCUGUAUUAGAGCAAUCCCAGCAGGACAACUAGGACUCAAACCCUGGACCUGCAGAACUGGAGGGGUCAAAACCAAGCUCGCUGCCCCCAUAUACAGAGUGCAUUGCAGAGGAGGGUGGCGUUUUAAUAUACAGUGUAUGAAUAUCUAUAUAUGUAUCUAAAGUACAUAUACAGAAUAAUGAAUGAAUUUAUUAGGAAUGUAGACUUCCAGAUAUGAUAUUGCCAAAAACUGGGAUUGCAAUUGCUUGAGUGCAGAAGAUUACCGUAUAUAACUGUGUAUAGGUGCACUCUGUAUUAUGAGUCAGAGAAAACUCCAUUCAGUUGACUUUAAUUAAGACGUUUUAGCCUGUAUAAUAUUAUACUAUGUAGCAGAAUGCAAUGGGGGUUCGUCUAUUGGUUUUUGGUAUUCUGAACUCAAUACAGACAAUUUCGUUUUUCUUCUCAAUCUAACAAUAGGAUCUUUGUUUCUGCAUUCUGAGGACUGAAAACGAGUCAAACUUGAGGGUGUGGUUAGAGCAGCGGGUCUAAGCUUCAACUGCAAUGAACUAUUUCGACCCAAUUUUGUUGGCAACACUGUAGGUGAAAUUUGUUGGGAGCAGAAACCAGACCAAAGCAACACAUUGUGUGACUUGUGACCCAGUUGUGCUUCCUCCUCACACAGCUACCUUCUACCUAUGAACAUGAACACCUCUGCACUGGUACCAGGGUCCUGAUAUAAUACACUCCAGUAAUGUUAGUGCAGCUGGAUGUUUGCAGAACAGCAGUAUUUUUAUAAUAUUUCUAUUUUUAUAUAAUGCAUGAGCUACAUACCCUAUUUUAAUAAACAAAAAAGUAUUUUACAGAAACACAAUUUUUGUGUAAGCCAACAAAGUUGGUGAUAAUGAAUAGCAAAAGCUGCCUGUUUUUUGGGGUUUUUUUUCGCAGGUCUCCAUUCUCUUCCAGAAACAGUUGAAGUGGAAGAUGUCACUACACCAUAAAAGCCGGUCUGGUCUGUUUUACAAACAGCCAGUUUGUUUGCUACAGUGUUGGCCAACAAAAUCAUUUGGAUCCUGCAUCAAUUAUCUCCCAAUUACACUGCCUACCAACCUAGAAAUAUUAGUGACUGGUCUGUAUGUUAUUGCCCCCCAGUGAUAUUCUGGCUUUAGAACACACAGAAAUAUAUAUAUUUGAUUGAAACAGUUCUUUGUUGUUUUUUUUAAGUGACUCAUACUUGACAAGUUGUGAAUAAACUGAUUAAAUUAAAUUAACAAUAAUUUAUAUUUAUGCCUUGUGAGACAAUAAAAUAUGAUAAAGUUGCUUAGUGUGGGGUUUGUCUCUGCUUUGUCAUGCAAAUAUAAAUCCUGUGUGUGUAUUAUUUCAUCUGUAAAAACAUUUUUUAAAUGACAUUUUUUUUUAUUUUAUUUCAUCCCAUUCCUGACUGCAAGUCCCUUGGUCAAUACAAAAGCGAGAGUUUUUAAAGUGUUGUUCAAGUCU